UCUCUGCUAUCAGAUCACAGAGGACUCAUCCUGCCCUACACUAGACCCUUCAUUCUGGACUCUAUUUACUAAACCCCUCUCUGUUUCUUCACAGAUUGCAAUCUCUGCAGCCGCCUCCAACUCUCCUCUGACCACAAUUUAUUUUCUGACUAGUUUCCUGAUAUUCAAUCCUAUUUCCUUGUUUGCUUUCAGUGUGUGGAUCCGAUCCGCUGACCUUUUACACACUCGAGUCUCUGCUGCCGAUCAGCCCUUCUCUACUCGUUGGCUGCUGAUCUCGUCCCCAUGCACGGGAUGCAUGGAGGGCGCAGUGUCCACCUGGACAAGAAGACGGUGGAGAAGGUCAUCCAGAAGUUGGAGGUUUUGUUGGGGUAUAGCGGCUCAUCUUAUUUCCAGAGGGGUCACCCUUACCUUCCGGACAUCGCUCGGGACACCAAGGAGCACCUGCGUCAGAUCUUAGAUAAGAGCGCCGACUUGGGACAUAACCAGUACCUACAGGUGACCGUUCACAGCCUACUGAACAAGACCGAGCAGUGCAUACAAGUGCUCAAUAGAUGUGACGCUGUUGGCAGGCGAACACUGACCAAGCUUUCACUGAUCUUCAGUCACAUCCUGUGUGAACUUCGUGCUUUGUGCCCUGGUGGACGGUAUCAAGGAAACGCAUAUCGUAUCACAAAACUGGAGGCGUCCAACUUCUGGUCGCAAGCCUUUGGGACUAGGUGUCUGGUGAAGUGGGAGGAGUUUAGGGAUGGACUGCAUCCUGUGCACAACAUAGAGGCGGGGCCUCUGGAAUCUGCACUGCGCAGUACGAUGGAUUUAACAUGCAAUGAUCACAUCUCAGUGUUUGAGUUUGACAUUUUCACACGUCUUUUCCAGCCCUGGGAAACCCUGUUGCAGAACUGGAUGCUGCUUGCCGUCACCCAUCCUGGUUAUAUGGCAUUUCUCACCUAUGACGAAGUUAAAGAUCUUCUACAGGGCCACACACACAAGCCUGGAAGCUAUAUCUUCCGGUUAAGCUGCACACAUCUCGGACAGUGGGCCAUUGGCUAUGUGACCUCUACUGGCGGUAUCCUGCAGACCAUCCCUCACAAGUCUUUAUAUGAAGCUCUGAAUGAAGGAGAGAAAGAGGGCCUAUAUCUCUAUCCAAAUGGGUUGAGCUGCAAACACAAUGUAUCAUCUGUCCCCAAACCAAAUCCAAACAUGAUGAUUCAAGUGACUCAGGAACAAUGGGAAUUGUAUUCAGACAUGGAUUCCACCUUCGAACAGUGCAAAAUCUGCACGGACAAUGAAAAGAAUAUGCGGAUAGAGCCUUGUGGCCACUUACUGUGUGACAAGUGUCUAACGUCCUGGCAGAAAAGUGAAAGCACAUGUCCAUUCUGCCGCUGUCAAAUCACAGGUAAAGAGAAGGUCCACAUUGCGUCACGACCAAAGUCAGAAGAGCAUCAAACACAGACCUCAAGCCCCCAGACCCUUCCGAAGCCACCACCUCAUGAAGAGUGUGCUGCCUCUGCUGACUUGGCCAGCACAUUAUCUGAAACCUUCAUCGAUGAAGAAGAAGUGGACUGGAUUAGAAACCGACCACUCCCUCCACCCCCUGUACCUCCAUCCUUCCGCCAUUCUACUUUUGCUUCUCCAAAUCCAUCAGCACCUCCUUUGCCACCUCUUCCCCCUUUACUUCAAAUGUCUCGGAGACUUCGUGCACAAGAUGUUAUCAAUGGAAGCCAUAAUUAACCCAAUCAUGGACGGUGUGAAGCUACACCAUAUGUUUUCUAUCAGAAUAUGUUUGAAAAACAGGAGUGUUCCUGUUGAAUCAAUCCCCAAAGAGACAAUGUCGAUAUGACGCCAAACAGCAAAGCUAUAGUUAUGAA